AAAAUACAAAAAGUAAAAUCAAUCGGUAGCUAUAAACGCUUGUCAUCUUCACGGAGACCCUCUCUCGUCCAACGAAUUCAUCGUCGUCUGCUAGCUCUCUCUCUCUCUCGUUUUCUCCGAUCUCUGGAUCUUCCGGAUCUUAGGUUUUCUUCUCUCCGCAGGAAUCUCGCGGAUUGGUUGAUAAGGUUCGUGUGUGGCUUCGGGUUUAGAGAAUCUAGGGUUUUCUCGAAAAGUCGAUCGGGUUUGGGUUCUGGAUUUUUCGGUUUAAGAUUCGAUAUUGGCUCUUUUUUGCUCUCUUUCUUGCUUGCUGUUGCCAUUUCUGAGAUCAUUUGGGAAGUGUAAGUACCUGAGUUUUGAUUUUGAUCAAGGUUCUUGAACGGCUCUUGGCGUUCUGUAUUGCGUGGAGAACAAAGUUUGAGUCAGGUCAAUCUUGGUUAUCUUCGUACUUGUUCGUUACUGAGAUUCUCGUCUCUGUGCUCGUCGAAUAAUCGCGGAAGAGUUGAGUUGCUUUCUUUCGUUCCGGAUUUUUUGAAGUGUUUGGAGAGGAUGCAACAAGAUCAAGGGAAGAAGGUCAUAAAAGAGAUGGACUUUUUCACGGAGUAUGGGGAUGCCAAUCGAUACCGGAUUCUUGAAGUCAUUGGAAAAGGAAGCUAUGGAGUUGUUUGUGCAGCCAUUGAUACACAUACUGGAGAGAAAGUGGCGAUAAAGAAGAUAACUGAUGUUUUCGAACAUAUCUCGGAUGCUAUCCGUAUCCUCCGUGAGGUCAAGCUUCUCAGGCUCCUCCGUCAUCCGGAUAUAGUCGAAAUCAAAGGCAUUAUGCUACCGCCCUCGAAGAGGGAGUUCAAAGAUAUUUAUGUUGUGUUUGAGCUUAUGGAAUCUGAUCUUCACCAAGUAAUCAAAGCUAAUGAUGACUUAACCCGUGAACACCAUCAAUUUUUCCUGUAUCAGAUGCUUCGGGCUCUGAAGUAUAUGCAUACAGCUAAUGUUUACCAUCGUGAUCUUAAACCGAAGAACAUAUUGGCAAAUGCAAAUUGCAAAUUGAAAGUCUGUGACCUUGGACUAGCAAGAGUGGCAUUUAGUGAUACUCCUACGACAGUCUUUUGGACGGAUUACGUUGCCACGAGAUGGUACAGGGCACCUGAGCUCUGCGGAUCGUUCUUUUCUAAGUACACGCCAGCUAUUGACAUUUGGAGCACUGGCUGCAUCUUCGCGGAGGUGUUGAUGGGAAAACCAUUGUUUCCCGGAAAAAGUGUCGUGGAUCAGUUAGAGCUGAUUACUGAUCUUCUUGGCACACCAUCACCAGAAACCAUUUCCGGAGUACGAAAUGAGAAGGCUAGAAAAUACUUGAAUGGAAUGAGGAAGAAAAAUCCUAUUCCCUUUUCGCAAAAAUUUCCUAACUUGGAUCCUUUAGCACUUCGGCUAUUGCAAAGGUUAUUAGCUUUUGAUCCAAAAGACAGGCCGACUGCUACAGAGGCAUUGGCUGAUCCGUACUUUAAGGGCCUUGCUAAGGUUGAAAGAGAACCUUCUUGUCAGCCAAUCUCCAAGCUGGAAUUUGAAUUUGAGAGACGAAGGUUGACAAAGGAUGGCAUUAGAGAAUUAAUCUACAGGGAGAUACUAGAAUACCAUCCUCAGUUGCUCAAGGAUUACAUGAAUGGAUCUGAGGGCUCGAACUUUGUCUAUCCUAGUGCCAUAGGCCAUCUUAAAAAACAGUUUGCAUACCUCGAGGAAAAUAGCAGCAGAAGUGGGCCAGUAAUACCUCCAGAGAGAAAACAUGUUUCACUUCCCCGGCCUACAGUUCACUCCAGCUUAGUCCGCUCUUCUAUCACUCAAUCCAACUUCAAUACAUCUGAAAGCCAACGAGUUUCUGGAGAGGCUUCCAAACACAGUGUAGUUCCUGGACAUCCAUCGUCUUCCACUAAUUCGACUAAAUCUUUAGGACCUCCACCGAGAGUACCGUCAGGUAGAUCAGGCCAUGUGGAAUCAUCGGCUCCUUACGAAUAUGGCAGAAGCCUCAAGGAAGCAUAUGACGGGAGGACGUAUCACAGAAACGCAGUCCUCCCUCCUCAGACGGUUUCUCCUCACUGCUAUUUCCGAACAAACCUGAUGAACCCAGAGAAGCGCGGAAUAGAAGCUUCUCAGCCAAAACCGCAAUACGACCCUCAAUGCCAACCCAACAAACCACCAGCUCCUAACACUAUGGCCGUAGAGAUGAACCCUAACCCGUAUUUCCAAUCACAGCCCAAUCAAUUAAGCAACGGGCAAAUGGGUAUUGAUGCAAAGCUAUUGCAGGCUCAAUCCCAGUACGGCGCAGCAGGAGCUGCGGCUGUAGCAGUAGCGGCACAUCGGAACAUGGCCAGUGUUAGGUAUGGCACGUCUUAGAAUCAGAUUCAGAUUCUUUUUAGCGCAUUUGGAGCAGAGAGGAUUCAUCUCGGAAGGAGUUUAGCCUUUUGACUACUACUCUGGUAAGCCUUUUAUGUAUGUAAUUAAUUCAGUCAGCCCCUCCUGAUUUGAGAAAACACAUGAUUGGAAUGAUAUAACAGAAUCUCAGUUUGUAACCCUUCAGACAUGGUUCGAUGAAAGCUUUUGUCGUUCUUCCUCGGCUCGUGAA